AUGGUCCAAAACGUCCCAUCGCGUGUACUGAUCCCUCCUAAAGCUCUGCCAACAUGUACCGAGGUCACAUGUUCUUUAUGGAAUCAGCAGAUUCUAUCACCACCCCUUGGAAGAAAUGAGGCCUUAGUGAGCAGUGUGAUGGAACUAGUCUGUGGAAACCUUCCUGGUACAGAGGAACGUUACGAGUUCAAUGUGAAAGUGAAGGUGGCUUUAUCCCACAGUGCUAGUGACAUUAAAGGAUACGAAUUGGUGAUCAAAGAAUUGAUCAAUGAGAAGACCAAUGAUUGGAGGGACUUGAAAACCAGAUGGGCUUGGACGCCAUCAGGUAGUAGCUAUGUUGGUAAUUUACAGGGUACAGCCAUCCUUCCUUAGACAACUUGACCUCUUUCCUUACACGAAACCACAAACAAAUUGACUGUAUAAGAGGAUGCAUAGGCUUUCUAUUUCUUUCUUAUAGACUUGGUUUGUAAUUGAAGUUGGUCCUUUUAAUGUUCAUCUUUAUCUUGUGUGAUUGUCCUACUGCCACUUCAGUUGUUUUACUUCUUCCAGUAUUACAAUCAUACUUGUCAGAAACAAAUUUAAAGAACUGUUUGUAAAAAUAUGAAGCUGAAUCAACAAAGAUAUAGGAUUGAAAAUAGAGGGUUUUUUAAGUCAACAACACCUUCUGCCUCAUUACAGAUAUCAAAGAUGAGCAUUCUGGCGUGGAUGAAUUCCCAGACUGGUUAUUUCCGUUUGCAGAGGCAGAAAUUACGAGUUUUUCUUCAUUUGCGGUGGUCUGGCGUCUCAAGUCUUUCACGUUUAAAAACCCUUCGACUUUGUCAUCUUCCUUUCCCUGCAUUCUGUCAGACCAUCCAGGAGUGAGUGUAACAUUCCCUGAGAGUUCUCUCCCAACAGGACAAACCUUUGCUCUUACUGUACAGGUACCUAUACAUCCUUUCCACCAGAAUAUAUCCUAAUAGUUUACAUAUUAACAUUACGUUUUUGCUGUUAAAGACAAUAUUUUUGAACACGAAGGUAGACUUAUCAGCCUAUGUUUUUUUUUUUUUUUUUUUUUUUUUUAAUUGCAACACGAAAAACACUACUUUUUACAAAACAAGACGAACACUACUUACAAUACCACCUACAAGACGUUACUUAUUCUACUUACUAUAUUAUACUUCCUUAGACUGCAAUUCUUACCCUACUUUUUACAGUUUUUUUUUUUUUCGCUUACACACCUAUGUAUCUAUUAAAUUAUAAUUCAAAAUGGGUUUCCAUUUAGCCUCUAGCAUCUUCUUAUCAUUAAACUUAGCCGCAAUGUGACAUUCAGUUUCAUAUUUUCUUUUAACUAGUUCCUUAUACGAAGGAAAAAAGGAAGACUAUUAUUCCUACGGCAAUUCCAUAAAUGUAGCUUACCUAAAACGAUUAAGUAAUUAAAUAAAGAACAAUUAGUAUCUGUGACACCAAUUAAAAUAGUCUUUAACUCAAGUUUCCUUUGUUCUUUGGCUAUAGCGAUCCAAUAAGAUUCAAAUUCUUCCCAAAAUGCAUGUGAGUAAACACAGUAAAAGAAUAAGUGAUCAAUUGUUUCCGCACUAGUAUUGCAAAAAGUGCAAAGAUCGCUUUGUAUUAAACCUAUCUUAGCUAAGCGGGAAUUUGUGAAUAAAAUGUCAUUUAGUAUUUUAAAUUGAAAGCAUUGCACAUAUGUCUCGCAGAUACAGGACCUUAUUAAUGAGAAGGCCUUUUUGUUUCCACAUCAUCAAUAGAAAAUUUAGAUUUCAACUUUGUGAAGCCUCUGGACUCUGUCGCCUUACUGGAUAUAAGCAAACCGUAGAAAUCCCUAGACUUGCUAAGUGCUGGAUCAAAGAUUUUAUCACCGAUUUUAAAUUGCAGUGAUCUGACAUGAUCUUUCUUAAUUUCGUGGCAUCGAAUUCUUAGAUGACUUGGUACUGCGCAACGAACACCAGUCCAGGUCAGAAAGUUGGAAUCUUUUAAACCAUUACGUUUUGCAAGGUUAAAGGACUCUGUGUUACUCAAAUCAAAUUUUAAGUCGCUUAAAAGAAUAAUAUUUGCGCUAUUAUAAUUAUAAUAGAAUAAAGGUUUGCCGUUUACUCUAAUGUUAUGAUUGUUCCAGAUGAUUGUUUCACGUAGACUUACAAGAUCAAAUUUAGAACGAAAAUCUGACCACCAGUGUAACAUCUCCUUAUAAAAUAUUGGGGAAAUGUUAUAGUCAUUAAUAUUAUAAUCACAAUGAAGAAAAAAUUCUCCACCAAAAGGUUUUAGUAAAUGUAAUAGAUACGCUUUCCAGGGAUAAAAAUUAUCGCUUAGAAAUCUUCCAAUCCAUGAAAGUCGGAGUGACAUAAUUGACGUUGUAAAAUCAGUUACCUUUAGGCCACCAAAUUCAACAUCAUUUAUUACUGCUGUCCUGGCGAUUUUAUCAGGACCCUUCCAAAGAAAAUUAUAUAUUAUUGAUUGAAGGGCCUUUAUGAACUCCAAAGGAGAAGGAAGAAUUGACGAGAUGUAUAAAACUUUAGGAAGUAGUAAACUCUUAAUAAUUGUAACUUUACCAAACAGAGAGAGGCCUCUCCAACUCCACAAGCGUAUCUGAGAUUUAAUUCCUUUGAGCUUAUCGUAGAAAUUCUUUUGCACUGAUUCUUCGUUAUUGUAACUAAAGUGAACCCCUAAAGCUUUUUACAGUUUUACGCCAUUUCAAUGCUAGAGGUGUUUCGAUGUUAUUACGGGAAGAGCCAAUCCACAUUGCUUCGGUUUUUUUGUAUAAUUCACCUUUAGGCCAGAACAUUUUUGGAAUUGAUCAAGUAACUUAAAAAGGUAUUGAGCAGAUCUGAUAUCCGACACAAAAGCUGUUAAAUCAUCUGCAUACUGUGCCAUUUUGAAUUCUUUUUCAUCUAUUUUGAUUCCAUCUAUUUCUGAACAUGAGCGAAUAGCGACUGCUAGUAGUUCCAUAGCAAUGAUAAACAAGUAAGGAGAAAGGGGGUCUCCCUGCCUUACACCUCGAUUUAUUUCAAAGCUAGCUGAGAGCGUUCCAUUGUUGAUAAUACAACUUGUUAUGUUACUGUAAAAGGUUUCUAUCCAUCUUGUAAGACUGGAUCCAAAUCCAAAGACUUCUAAGCAUUUGAACAUAAAAUUCCACUCCAGACUAUCAAAAGCUUUCUCAAAAUCUAUAAAAAGUAGCAAUCCAGGGAUUUCAUAAGUUUUCGUGUAAUCCAUUAUAUCUAGAAUUGAUCUUGCGGCUUCCCCUAUGUAGCGACCUGAAACGUACCCAGUUUGAUUGCUAUGAAUGAUUUCGGGUAAAACUUUGACAAUACGGGUCGCUAUAACUUUGGACGCAAUUUUGGCGUCGACGUUAGUCAAGGAUAUUGGCCUCCAAUUUUCUAAGUAAGUCCUAUCCUUGUCCUGUUUCUCAAUAAGAGUAAUCACUGCCUGUCUCUGAGAUGGGGACAUUUCCUUCUUCAUAAAAGCUUCAUUAAAUGAAUUAAUCAAAGUAUCACUAAGUAAUGGCCAGAAGGUGUUAUAAAAUUCAAUGGGUAACCCGUCGUUGCCUGGCGUUUUUGCAGUUGGAAAAGUUUUGAGAACGUCAGCCUAUGAUUCGAUAAGCACUCUCUUACCUUCAGUCAGCGACUUCUGUGAGAGAUGAUUGUGUAUUCAGUUUGCUUUAACGACUCUUUAUUAAGUUGGUGCGGCUUUAGGUUUUCAUUAGUACACAUAGUACAGUUUCAUCUUUCUUUGAAGGUGCAAGAGGUUCCGUGCAGUAAUGCUAAACUGAAAGAACCACCAGUUGUUGGACCUAUCCUACACAUCUCAACUUCUGAACCAGUUCAGCUUUUAGCACCUGCUAGGCUCACAAUCCCUGUUACGCUCCGGGAAGACGUACCCAAAUGUCUGGAUUAUUCGGCCACUGACGUCAGGAUAUUUUGCCGAAUCUCUGAAGAGGAUGAAAGAGAAUGGAACGAAGUCACAGAGCAGUUAGAAAAUAUAGCGGUUCUUGAAAAUGGGACAGUGACGUUUACAGUAAAUCACUUCUCAGAGUAAGUAUACUCUUCUGGCUGUUUUGAAAGCAGAGACAAACUGCAAAGCAUUCACGUGGGUAGGGUCGUGGUAAAUCUUUUGCAGAAAAGAAAUGCAUCAUUAGGUGACAUCAGGGUGCACAAAACUACAGAAAAGAGGAAAAAAACAAAACAAAGGAAACCAAACGACUAAAUUAUUACUCUAAAUCCGAUUCGUCAUCUAUAGGUAUUCUUUAUAAACCUUAAUCGACCUUUCAGGGAUCUCAGUUUAUUACACAAUCGCGAUGUGACUCGCUUAUCAACGAGAUCUCGUGGGAGAACGAUUUGUUUUGUCCGCCCUUAACUGACGUAAACGUAGGCAUGGUACGCAUGCAAAAGAUUUUUUUUUCCAUGGGUGGGUUGAAAUAGGCUUCUAAGUAACUGAUGUUUGCAUUUUUGUAAAAGAAAAGAGCCUUUACUUUCAAAAGAUUCCAAUGAAAAUAUCGAUCAGUGGAGAGCAAAGAAACCUUUCAAUUUAUCCAAAAUAAACUCUGACACACGUACUUUAUAGUCUAUUGCCACUCUUGUCUGAAUAACUGUUGGCAAAAAGAAACUGCAUUGACGUCACGCUUCCUGUAGUGUCAUUCCCCUAUUGCACUCUUUCCUUCGUUGCGUGACGAGACCAAGCAACGGUCUGUUCGCAGGCCAAGGCAAUGGUUACUGUCGUUCCUUCGUCAGCGAAUUUGAUUGAUAGCAAAUGUGCACGUGAGAAUUGCGUGGAAAACUGACUAACCGUAGCAUUUAGUUCCAUGAGAAAUUUUCUCAGUGGGGUAGGAUUAUGUCAUAAAAUUUAGGCUGUUUACUGGAAAAUGGCAUUUAAUCUGAGAAAGUUUCUCAGUAAAAAAAAUGGGUUUUUUGCUUUAGGCUGAGAAUAUGUUUUUAACAAUUCUGGGGACUGGCUUUAAUCUUUUGUAUUGGUUAAAAUUUAAGCGUCGAUCAUUUCAAAGCUUCAAAAUCCCCCCCCCUGGGCAACCCCCCAGUCCUUUGAACUUUUUGAAGAUUGGUUCGUUUAAAUUCCCGGCACCCCAAGGGCCAAAACUGCGUCUAAAUUCCCCACUCAAGUGCCAGAUUUUAUGAUCAAUUACCCCUCUUCCAAAGAAAAAAUGUUUAAAUGGCGAGAAAAAGGCAUGGUUUAUGGCCUUUCGGUUAUAAGCAUAAUUCUAACAUAUUCUACGAUGUGAAAUUUUAUCAUGCUGCUGUGUUUAGCCACUGAAUGCAAUACCUUCGAAUGAAUUAUAUUUGUUUUACAUUUACAGCAUUGGUUCAUGUACUAUUCAAUAGCUGUUCAUGCAUACUCUACGGACAACAACUACUUUGUGAAAAUAGCAAGAUCAGCGCUGCGACUUACUGAAUUGACCAUUCAAGCUGUAAAACCUAAAUGUCCGUGGGUUGUCUGGGAGGGGGGGUUGUUGAAACUUCGAAUUGAUCGGUGCUUUAGCAGUUAAUCCGUAAUUCUACGCAAGAGAUCAUUUGCAUAUAUUCUCUGUUAAAAGAUGCGCGCGCUCUGAUUUGAUGAUGAAUUAUCGGGAAUACUCUCUUAACUUUAAUGACUCUAUGAAUAGAUGUUGUUAAGUUUGUGUCGUUUUCCCUUAGGCACUGGGUUUGGAUUGACCGAUUGAAAUUACCCUUUGUUACCCUAAAGAAUCUUGCCGAUGACUUCUGUAGAAGACUGAUGUUACAAGAAGUAGGAUUUUUUGCUCGUUUAUAUGCAACAGAAAAUCCCUCGAUCUACGUGCUGACUCUUUGCUGCUUCCCACUACAUCUUAGAGAACAAGUGCAAACUCUAUCUCCAGAUCCUCGCCGCGUUUGUGCUCAAGGGGGAGGAAACUCGCGGAAGCCACUGUGUAAAGAAGAUUGGAUGUCUGUGUCUCUUUCCAACGCAUUUACUUUGCAAAAAGGCAAUCCAUACAACCUCUUGAAGUGAGUUUAGUGUGAGUUUCUGUGUCCGGCAACUUGGAGUAGAUGUGUAAUGAGAAACAUAUCUUUUGCGUGGACAAAUAGAAAUACCUAGUAUUUAUAUCUUCGUCUCAUUUGUUUGUGCCAGGUUUCUCGGAACUGAUCCUUUUGAAGGUAGUUUGCGUGUAUCAAUUAGCGACCUUAGUAACCUGCAAGUAGAGUUGUACAUGGAGAAGCAAUUUAAUAGGGACACUCUAUGCACGCUGUAUUUCGUUCCGACCUUUCCAGAUCAGGUAUGUAUUAUAUGAAGUUGAAAAUAUUGAACUAUGGGAGUAAAUUCUGAUUAGGAGGUGUUUUAGAAACGUAAUUUUGAAGCUCUUUCCUUCGGGCUGAGUAACUCAGGAUUCACCCGCCCAAAAGAUACCUCCAUCUGUGCGAAGGUUUUAUACCCCUCACGCUGCCGUGCAAAGUGCGUGACAAGGAAGCUUCACAGAAGAUUAAGUUAGCUCUUUCAAAUAACUCCUUCACUGUACUUCUUUUCUAUUUAUCAUCUUGCAUCUAUUUGGCACUGGUGAGGUUAAGUUAGACUUAAAUUGCUACUGGCAGAGCUAGACUACUCUUUUUGUGGGAUAUCUAGUCAGACAGUUUGCUGCAGCCUGAGUUUUACGGAUUGUUAGUGAAAAUAAAAUAAAGACACUACCACUUGAGUGAUUUUAAGUCCUUAUGAAAUCACGGGAGUGAAUCGCAACAGAAAUCGCACUCAAAGUCGCAGCAAAAAAUCGUCAAUUUUCUAGUGACGAGGCUAGAGAAUUGAUAGACAUCAUGUCGGAUAAAAUAUUAAGAAAUUAACUUUCUCUGUUGCAGACCUCUUCUCCCAGGUACUUUCCUUCUACAGCACAGGUAGCCAUGCCUGAGCAAAAGGAAGAUCAGGUGAAAUUCGAAGUUCCGUGUUAUUUACGUUUCCCUCAGCUUAUGUUCGAUAUCAUAUUUUAUCAGAUGUGUCGGCCUCGGAAAAAAGAAAAUGAUAAUAAUUGAUCAUUUGAUUUUGAUGAAGUCACCGGCUGAAAAAAGCCUCCCACAUGUUUAGUAGUUUCUAUCAGCGCUUUCCAGUCUUCGUGUUGUCUGAUCGUCCGGGUGAGUGUAGUCCUGACGACCCUAGGGACUGUUGUCGGUAGUACUGACUGACGUUUUGACAAACUCAGCACAAGUCAUAAUCAGACAGUCCAGUGAAGGGCUGUUGCCAGUCGAUUGUUUUAAGUCCGGUUUGUGUAGACUGAUUGGUCACGAAUGCACACCUUGAUAGAAUCAAUAGGGGAACUUUAAGGUGGGUUUUAAGUUAAUAUAAUUUAUCGCACGUUUCCAUAACCUUGUUAUGUUAUUUCAGGUUGCGCUGGAAUCCAGCACAUCUUUCCCCUCACCGAAAGCACUUGAAGAAACAGCUUCAAAUAAUUUCUCAAAAGAAUAUUUGAAAGUUACAAUCUUAGCAGAUGAGUGGAAUUCACUGAAAGGUGGAUUAUCGACGUUUAACAGAGAACUUGCCAUUCAUUUAGCAAGCCAAUCCGACACUCAGGUCACUUUUCUUGUUCCUCACGGUUCAUGUGGAUUGGAAGAAAAAGCAGCAGCUGCGAAAAAUUGUGUUACUAUUAUGGAGGCCAAGAAACUUACUGCAUGCCCUUCCCUUGUAGAAUUGUUUUUUCCACCGAAAGGCCUUGGAAUUGAUGUAGUAAUUGGUCAUGGCGUGAAGCUUGGUCAACAGGCUCAGAUUAUUAGAGAAUCUCGUGACUGCAAGUGGGUUCAAGUAGUGCACACUGCUCCGGAUGAACUCGGUAUGUACAAGGACUAUCCGAAAGCUAUCGCACAAAGUGAAGAAAAGAACCAGCGUGAGGUUAGUCUAUGCGAAAUAGCUGACCUCGUCAUGGCAGUCGGGCCUAAAUUGAAAGGUUUCUACUCCAAUCAUCUACGUUCUUUCAACAAAGACCAAAAUGUUGUGGAAUUUACACCAGGAAUUAUGAGAGAUUUAAUUGAUGUGAAGCUGUCGCAAGACGAUAAUGACGAGUUUCAGGUACUGAUGUUUGGGCGUGGUGAUGACGAAGACUUCAAGCUAAAAGGUUAUGAUAUUGUCGCUGAGGCAUUUGCAAGUCAUGAGCUGAAAAACGACUCCUAUCAUCUCACAUUCGUUGGAGCGAUCCCAGGAAAACAAGACGAAUUUGCAGCGAAGAUUCUUAAAUUUGGUAUCUCUGAAAACCAGCUGUCUGUCAAAGAAUAUAUUAAGGAUAGAAAUCGAUUAAAAGAGCUGCUUCUUCGUAUGGAUCUGGUUAUCAUGCCUUCAAGAACAGAGGGAUUUGGACUCACCGCUCUGGAAGCCUUAUCCGCUGGUUUGCCUAUCCUUGCUGGCCAUAAUUCAGGCUUUUCAAAAGCGUUGCAGAAGGUAAGAUUUGGAGAACUCUGUGUAGUUAACUCCGAUAAACCCGAAGACUGGUCAAAGGCGAUCAAGAAAGUCCGUCAAAAGGAGAGAAAAAAGCGGCUAGACGAGAUGCAACGACUGCGGGAAUUUUAUGAACAGAACUACAACUGGAAAGAACAAUGCGAGAUUCUUGUAAAGGAGAUGAGGAGAAAAGUUUUUGGUAGGCAGGUUCUUUUUUUUCCUUUCCUUCCCUGCUCUAUUCAAACCUUUAACAAUUGAAGCAUUGACUCUUUUUGAGUCUGCUUUUUAUUUGUUUUUCUCUAUUAUUGUCCAUUUAUUCGUUUUUCUCGUCAUUCGUUGAUUGAUUCAUCGAUUUGUCUGUUAUUUAUUCAUUCAUUUAUGUAUUUAGUUAUUCAUAAAUCUGUAUGCUUAUCUAUUCAUGCCUAACUCUUUCUCCUUUCUUCUUCCCUUCAUGUAUGUCUUCCUACCUUUCUCUCUUUCUUCUUUCCUCUUUCCUACCGGCCUUUCCAUCAUCUCUUUACCAAUAUUUCUACUACCACUAGAAAACCAAGUUACAUUCUCUAAAUUUGCAGAUUUAAGCCUUUAAUUACUCUUAUACUUUUCAGCGUAGAACCUCAGUACAUGGACAGUAGACCUAUGAAGACACCGUGAGAAGCAAACACUAUGGUGAUUCAACACAGAACUUUUUACUACUGAAGAAACUAGACAAUUAACAUAUUUUUAGAAUUUUUAUUUCAUUGUAUUAGCCAGGAAAACGUUUACCCAAAUUAGGCUCCGUAGGAUCACCAGAUUUAGAUGUAAAUAUUUUAGAAUAUUUUAUUUUAGUUUUGAUAUAAAUUUCCUCGUAGUGCAAUACUGAAGUUUAACAGUCAAUGGUUUCACCCAGAGACCCGAAUCAACAGUUCAAAAGAAAGUAUGUUACUCAUAAACAUCAAAUAGAUAUCAUAUUUGUUUUCACUUCCCGCCUUUUUUUGACGAUAAUGCUGUUCAACUUUAUCAUAUUUGAGCUAAAAAGCUUUUCUCCACGGACACGAACUAUUCUUGCUGCGUGGGGAUCCUUCACAUCUGUGUGGAAAAUUGUGACUCAGAGACGCGAAGAUGUGGUAUAAUGUUCGAGUGGUGGAGCAAUUUUCAGAUAAGUGUCGAGAGUUAUCCGGGAGUUAUCCUUCAACGUGCUCUGUGAUUGGCUUAGAUAACUCACGGCAAUUAAUUUCAAUCAAUAAGAUGCAAACAAAAACAGUCGCGACUUAGUCACUGACGAUUUCCGUCAGGCAGUUUUCCGUUUUUUAUCCUUAUUCUUUUUUCCUUCGAGUUUACGAUGGUUUCUUUAGAGAUAUUUUUUUCUGCUUUGAUCGACGGUUAUGAUUAGACACCCAAACGAAAAGUGCUCCAUGGAUAAUAGGAAUUGUUCUACCACGAGAACUUUACGAUGAUAUGUUCGAACCUCCAUCUGCCUUACUGUGAAACUAUGUAGCACUUAAUUGUUCAACAAGCAAGAACUCGAACAAAUUCAUGAGUUUAAAGCUCAAACCUGUUGUUGUCUCAAAAGUCGAGUCUGUCAACGCCCAUCAAAUAGGAUAACAAAACACGGCCACUUUGAUGCGUAAAAUUGAAACAAAUACUUGGUGAGUCACGCUUUUAAGGUUGCAAAAAUAUUUCAUCUGGCAUUUGAAGGUUAUAGCAUUCUUAAUCCUUAGUUGUGUAUUUCGUUUUCCAGACCAACAUACUAUAGUUGACACUCUAGCGGUAUUUCGGACAACAUCUAUGGGAAUACGCCCCACUAGGCAGGAAAAAGCGCGAUCCUCAACGGUAUGAGGCAAUUGUGAAAGAUCCGUCGCAACGCACAGACGUGUAUAACAACAAUAAGACGUGCACUCAGUAGAAAUUCUGUAAUUCCGUAGGAAAAAAAAAAUCUUUCAAAUAAACAUACUAC